CUUCCACUACGUCUCUCCCCAAACACCAAACCUUUGUCUCCCUGUCUCAAAACGCUCUCUCACUCUCCCCCAUUCUCUCUCUCUCUAUACGAUAACGGAGAUACCACUCAAACUGAAUCCUCUAGGAUAUGGCUCCGAGAGACAGAUCUACCGCCGUUAACCCGGAUCCGAAUUGCAAGGAGAUCCGCUACAGAGGCGUCAGGAAGAGACCAUGGGGUCGCUACGCAGCCGAGAUCAGGGACCCCGGCAAGAAGACCCGUGUCUGGCUCGGAACCUUCGACACCGCCGAGGAGGCGGCGCGUGCCUACGACACGGCUGCGCGUGAGUUCCGUGGUGCCAAGGCUAAGACCAAUUUCCCCACCCCUGCCGAGCUCCACAGCUUCAAUAACACCCACAGCAACAACACUCCAACCCGGAGCCCUAGCCAGAGCAGCACCGUGGAGUCAUCAUCUCCGCCGCCACCGAUCUCUACUUCUCCACCACCGCCACUAGACCUGUCACUGACCCCACAUUUUACCGGCGGUUAUUUUGCGGCGGCACCCGGUGGCUUCCAUGCACUUCCUGUGGCUCGCCCGGUGUUCUUCUUCGACGCUUUUGCUCGGGCUGAGACCAUGGCCGGUCAUCGCCGGGAAAUGUGCAGGUUCGACCGUACGGUCGCCGGUGGUGCGGUGCACAGCGACUCGAAUUCGUCGUCGGUGGUGGAUUUCGAGAAUGGUCUGACUAACAGACCUCUCGAUCUUGACCUCAACCUACCUCCUCCACCGGAAGUCGCGUGACUCGGCUGGAUUUCAUUAUCCACUGGAAAAUAGCAGUUUUUUUUUUUUUUUUCCUGGUCUUUUUUCCUGCCGCGUUUUAGAUCCGAAUUAAUUACUUUUUUUUUCCGAAUUAAAUUAAUUCCGAUUCCCUUAGAAGGGAAAGCGAAGGUUCUGGAGAAGAGAAAGCAAAAGCCUGACAUGUAGCUUUUUAUGUGAAUUUAACUCUUAAGCAUAUGUAUAUAGAGAUAUAACCCCACAAAAAAAGAAAAAAAGAAAAAAAAGAAAGGCACUAUCGUUUUUUUGCAACUGCGAGAUCAUAGUUAUCUCGUAGUUGUUUUUUGUAUUAAUUAGUUGUAGUAUGUUGUGUUAUUGUGUUAUAAUCCUCAAGUAAAAUCAAAGAUUUCUUGUUCAUUAA